GCAGAUGUUAGCUCAGGGCUAAUCUUCCUCAAAAAAAAAAAAAAAAAGACCUGGGACAUCUGUUUAAAAUGCUGAUGUCUGGGCUCCACACUGCAUCUCCUGAAUCAGACUUGAUGGAGUUAAGCUUGGGAAUCUGUAUGUAAAUUGCUCUCUAGGCAAUUGUAGUACACUCUAAAUUGGAGAAUCACCAGUGUAGAAUUACGCCAGGUUGGGUGGGAGAUGGGAUUAGAAACUUGGUAGUUUGACGUUUAAAAGAGGAGGGCCUGUCCCAGGACAGGUUGGAUCCCCAGCACCAGGGAGGGGCUGCAGGUGUUUGAUUAUGGUGAGGGUGAAUAUUUUUUCAUUUGUUUAUUGGUGAUUUGAAUGUUUUUCAUUGUGUGAGAUUUGUUCAUUCAUGGUUUAGCUCAUUUUUCAAUCAUUUUUUAUCUUUUUCUUAUUAAUUUAUGAAUACCCUUUACAUAGGAAAGUUAUUAGCUUUUUGUGUAUUAUACAUGUUGCAAUAUUUUUCCCUCCAUAAUGAUUAUAAUGUUUAUUGAGAACUUAGAACUUGCCAGGCGCUAUUCAAAGAGCUUUAGGUAUGUAUGUCAAAAACAUCCUAAUCCUGAUAACAGUCCUAUGAGAUCAUUACUAUUAUUAUCGUCAUUAUUAUUCCCAGACAGGUCACUGAGGCUUAGAGAGAUUAAUUAUCCUGUUCGAGGUCACAGAGCCAGCAAGUGAAGGAAUUGGAGUUCAGAUCAGAUGGAGCUGUGUCUGACUCCAAAGCCCAUGUUCUGUAUAUCACACCUUCUGGCCUUGGGUUCUAUCUGCCUUUUCAUUUUGUUUAUAGUUUUUUGUGGGGAGGGGCAUUGAAAAAUUUUCAUUUUCGCGUUGUCAAAUCUAUAACCCAUUUAUGGGUUCUUCAUUUGCUUUUAUCUUUAGAAUGUUCUUCCCUGCCUCAGGAUCUCAAGAUCAAAUAGUCGCUUCUAUUUUCUCAUAGUUAUAUAUAAUUUCGUUUGAAAAUUAUUCCAUUAUAUUCGCAUGUGUUUAAAAUAAAGAUAAAAUAGCCCUUCCUCUUUAAGAAACAAUUGACCAGAAUAAGUUGUAAAGUUGCUGGACUUGAAAAUAGGCAAUACACUACAAAACAACUUUUUAAAAAUAAAGUACAGACAAGGAUUUGAGAUGAGUAACGAUUUUUAGCUGCUCCCUUUUUUUAUAUGCCUGGGCGAGCCAUCUCAGGAAGCCAUGCAGCAUCCAGUAGCUAGAACAUCACAUCAGCUCUGCGUUUGACUUCCAACCUGGAGGAAGCAAGAUCUGAGCCCAGGAGGUGCCGGGAGAACAUGUCCUGAGCCUCCUCUGAGAAUGGCCCAGCAUUUCUGGUUCUGGAGCUGGGUCAGCCAGUUGGUGCCACAGGUGUCCUUGCUGCCAGCAGCUCUUCACCAACUUGUCAACAGGAGGAAAAGCAAAAGGACUGGCCAUUCCUGACAGGCAGUAGCUUGAACUGCGGUCAGGACAAGACUGAGCACCUGGGGCUUGCUGACGCCUGAGGGGCUCCCGGUGGAAGAAGGGAAAGGCUUAGGAAGGGGGUUCUAAUGACCAAUGACCGUUUAUAUUUAGUGGGUUAGGGCACUUAGUGAUUUGUAUCUGGCUACUUUUAUAAAUCCUAUUCUGUACUACAUUUUGAAUUUAGUUGAUAAACCAAGCUAGUAAUUGGACUUUAGUUAAAUACUUUUGUUAAAAUAGUAUGAAUUGAUGAUUUUUCAAAUGUAGAAUCAGCUGACCUAUGUUCCAGUUGUGAACAAAUAUGUUUCGAUAACACCAGUAUGAAUAUACACAGUUGUUUUCAUAAGGACGCCGUCAUUUGCUCCUCACAGCCAUUCCCUGGGGUAAAUACUGUCAUGGGUCCUAUUUAGUCAAGGGGCUGGGGAGUUGGUGCAGGGUCCUGUCUCCUCUCAGCUUGGCAGAUCCCCUCUAACCUCUAACAUUUCUCUUUAUCUCUUGUUCUGAAGAAAGACCGGGCAGGUCCCAUAUAGGCAACCUAGAGGCCCCAGCCCUCCCUCCCCAGGGGGCUAUUACAAGGCACCAAGCCACUGCAGGGCACAAGCAUCACAUGGUAGCUACCAAAGAAAAAUGCAUGGUUAGAGAAAAUAUCUAACUGAUAAGUAACCAGUUUCCCAACUUACUCAAGAUGGACCGUUAUCGUUAACACCAUCAUUAUCUUUAAUUUUAGUGACUUAAUUAUAUAAUUUUCUAUAAUUAUAAUUAUGACUGACUAUAAGUUUAGUGCAGUUAACAAGAAACAGCCAUCCAUCCCUAAAUUCCACCCCAUCCCACCGCCGUUUGACCUGGGUCAGAGCCUGAAGAAGGUCUCAGAGCACGCUUGGAGGAGGAAAUGCUCCUUCAAAGACUUCUGGGGUGCAUUUUCAGAUGUCCCCAGGGUGAACAAAUGUUACACUGGGAUGUUUCCCAAGGCCCUGAUCCCAGCCGAAAGUAGUUUUGCCAGAGACAUUGGGUGAGGGCCUUUGUUGGUCUCACCCGCUUCCAGCUGGGAUUGUUGAGGAGUCCUGGGGCCACACAGAGCCGCUUCAGCUUCUGCGACUUCCCAGCUUUUGUAUGCAAGACGGCUGGCCAAGGCUGUGGGUGAACUCCAAACCAACCCUCGUUAAUUACUUGUUCAGCAUUGUAUUAGAGAAUCUGGGCAAUGACUGAGGCAGGGUGAGAAGGAGGGCCACAGGGGGCUGCACCAUCUCCAGGAAUUCACUUCAGCCCGCCAGAGCUUAUACGCAAAAGAAAUGCCUUUGAGAUAAGUAGUCCAACCCGUGUUCCUUGCGAAGCAGGCUGGCCUCCACCCCAUCCUGAUCCAGUCAGCAAAGCAGGAGGAGCUGGUGAAUACCACGUGUUUUCCCCAUGGCCUUGUGUCUUCAUGAAUGUCUGAGAUUCCUUUACAGGGCAGCAUCUCGGUCUCUGCCUGGCUGACCCAGCCCUAACCAGCCCUAACCAGCCCUGGGUGCAGAGUUCAUGCGGGUGCCUCUACUCCAGAGAGCGUGGAAGAUCCGAGUGAUGGUGGACCUGUGCAACAGCACCAAGGGCAUCUGCCUGACAGGACCACCUGGCCCACCAGGACCCCCAGGAAUUGGCGGGUUACCAGGACACAAUGGAUCAGAUGGACAGCCUGGUCCCCAGGGCCUAAAAGGCGAAAAAGGAGCAAAUGGAAAACGAGGAAAAAUGGGGCUACCUGGAGCCCCAGGAAAUCCAGGGGAAAAGGGAGACCCUGGUGAACUGGGCUUGACUGGAAACGAAGGCCCAGCAGGACAGAAGGGUGAAAAGGGGGACAAGGGAGACGUGUCCAACGAUGUGCUCCCCGCAGGUGCCAAAGGUGACCAAGGCCCACCCGGCCCGCCAGGCCCACCUGGCCCCCCUGGGCCUCCAGGCCCUCCAGGUCCCCCAGGGCCCCCUGGAAGCAGAAGAUCCAAAGGGUCUCGGCAGCCAAACAUGUUCAACGGCCAGUGCUCAGGGGAGACAUGUGCUGUACCAAAUGAUGACACCUUGGUUGGAAAAGCUGAUGAAAAAGUCAAUGAACACCAUUCCCCACAAGCAGAAUCCAUGAUCGCUUCCAUUGGAAAUCCAAUGCAAGUAUUAGAAGUGACAGAGACAUUUGGCACUUGGAUACGAGAGUCUGCUAACAAGAGUGAUGAACGGAUCUGGGUGACUGAGCAUUUCUCAGGCAUCAGGGUGAAGGAAUUCAAGGACGAGCCCUCACUGCUGAAUGGCAGUUACACGCUUAUCCAACUCCCAUAUUUUUUCCAUGGCUGUGGGCAUGCCGUUUACAACAACUCUCUCUACUACCACAAAGGAGGCUCCAAAACCAUAGUGAGAUUUGAAUUUGGCAAAGAAACAUCCCAAACCCUGAAGCUUGAAAAUGCCUUGUAUUUUGAUCGAAAAUACCUCUUUGCAAAUUCCAAGACUUACUUCAAUUUAGCUGUAGAUGAGAAGGGGCUUUGGAUUAUCUACGCUUCAAGUGUGGAUGGCUCGAGCAUUCUUGUAGCACAACUGGACGAGAGGACAUUCUCUGUGGUGCAACACAUCAAUACCACGUACCCCAAAUCCAAGGCCGGCAACGCCUUCAUCGCCCGGGGCAUCCUCUAUGUCACGGACACCAAAGAUAUGAGGAUAACAUUUGCCUUUGAUUUGUUAGGAGGGAAGCAGAUCAAUGCAAACUUUGAUUUAAGAACUUCUCAGUCUGUUCUUGCCAUGUUAUCGUACAAUAUGAGAGACCAGCAUUUAUAUUCGUGGGAAGAUGGCCAUUUAAUGCUUUAUCCUGUGCAGUUUUUGUCAGCUACAUAAAACCAGUGAUGGGAUGCAUUCUUUUCCCUCCCCUCAGUAAAUUUCAGACGUUCUCUGGCACCAUUUGUAUCCCAACAGAACACUUGUCUUUAAGGGUAGCCAGGCACUUAGCUGUCAUAAUCUCAUGACGUGAAUGUUUAUAUGGUCAGUGAAUCCCCUUUAAAUUCAGAUUCCUUAGGGGGAAAUAGCAACAGAUUGGAAGUCAAAAUGGCUGAGAUUUGGUAAUUCCUCCACAAACUAUCUGAGCAAGAUACCUCUUCCUCUUUGGGCCUUGUUUUCCCCACCGGUAAUAUGAAAAGACUGGGUAAGAUGAUUGGUAAGAUUUCCUCUACCUGUAGGGAAUUCUGUGGUUCUUGGCUGUUGCUGCUCGCACAACUUUUAUAUUUUUGGUUUUUAGCCACACGCUGAACAAAUUUACCUCUGAGUUGAGAAGCCCAGUUGCUUGAGCAAUGAAUUCCUUAGUGCUGACUUAGAGUUGGUGCCUUAGGUCACUGAGGUACCAUAUUACCCAGAAUUAUACUACCUUUCUCUGCAUCUGUACCUGCACCUCCCGCCAGUGCCAGAAUGGCUGUUAUCCUCAGCUCCUGACUGCUGCCCAAGGUUAGCAAAAGCCAGGCACACAGAUGCAUGCUCAGGUUUCCUAACGAAACAGAAACAGGCCCUUCUGUGUUCCUAGCCAUUUCUGAUCCCGUUGAUACGCAGCUGUGAGUCAUAAACAUGGAAUCCUCAGGUCACACUGGCUUCUUUAACCACAGCUAUGGAUCAGAGUACUAAAGAUUGUGUGAUGGGGCAUUAAUCUGGCAGUUUUCAGAAGAGAGCCACCAUUUGUGGUUAUUAUCUAGAAUAGGGAUGAGCAAACUAUGGCCCUCCGUCCAAAGCCAGCCCAUUGCCUGUUUUUGUAAAUAAAGUUUUACUGGAACACCGUCA